CACCGAGCCACGGCUACUACCAGGGUAGCUGCAACUCGCACAGCCAGGGGGGUUCCAAACACAGGAAACGUAAUUGAAAACGCUGAGAAAAUGACUUGCGCACGCCGCUCUCUGUUUUUAAACUUAUUUUUGUAAAAGUUUAACGACUGGGCUGCCAGCUUUUCUACAGGCAUUAAAAAUGUCUCCACUAAUAGAGACGGUCAGUGAUCACAAGGACUUCAAAAAACUCCUCCGAACGAGAACCAAUGUCCUCAUUCUCUAUUCCAAAUCAGCUGCUGCAGGUGAAAGGCAGCUCAAGUUGCUCUCUGAUGUGGCACAAGCUGUGAAAGGCCAGGGUACCAUUGCAUGGGUGGAUUGUGGAGACUCUGAAGGACGAAAGCUCUGCAAAAAGACGAAGGUCGAUCCCAGCUCGAAGAGAAGCGGAGUUGAAUUACUGCAUUACAAGGAUGGAACCUUUCAUACAGAAUAUAACAGACCUGAAACAUACAAGUCCAUGGUCGCUUUUCUAAAGGAUCCAGCUGGGUCUCCACUGUGGGAAGAGAAUCCAGAAGCCAAAGACAUCGCUCACGUUGAAAAUGAGAAGGAAUUCAGAAAGCUGCUGAAAAAGGAAGAAAGGCCAAUUCUAAUGAUGUUUUACGCUCCAUGGUGCGGCGUGUGUAAGAGAAUGAUGCCUGCAUUCCAGCAGGCAGCCUCGGAGCUCAGGGGGUCGUAUGUGCUUGCAGGAAUGAACGUGCACCCGUCAGAGUUUGAUGGGAUCAAGCAGGAGUUCAAUGUCAAGGGAUAUCCCACCUUCUGUUACUUUGAGAAAGGAAAGUUUCUCCACCACUACGAAAGCUAUGGGGCAACAGCAAAGGACAUAGUGGAAUGGAUGAAAAACCCUCAGCCUCCGCAGCCCCAAGCCCCAGAGGUGGUGUGGUCUGAACAGGGCUCUGCAGUGUUCCACCUGACUGACGACAAUUUCCACCAGUUCCUCCAAGAUCACCCUUCAGUGCUGCUCAUGUUUUAUGCCCCGUGGUGUGGCCACUGCAAGAAGAUGAAGCCUGAAUACGACGAGGCAGCUGAGAUCCUCAAUAAGAACCAGGAUAGCCCAGGUGUGCUGGCAGCAGUGGACUCCACGAUCCACAAAGCUGUGGGGGAGAGGUACCACAUCACCGGCUUCCCUACGGUCAAGUACUUUGAGAAUGGAGAGGAGAAAUACACCCUGCCACACCUCCGCAGCAAGGACAAGAUCAUUGAGUGGCUUCACAACCCACAGGCCCCCCCUCCGCCGGAGCAGUCCUGGGAAGAGAAGCCUUCCAGUGUCAGCCACCUGGGGGUGCAGGAUUUCCGCGAGUCCCUGAAGAAGAAGAAGCACGCGCUCGUCAUGUUUUUCGCUCCUUGGUGCCCGCACUGUAAGAAUGCAGUCCCCCACUUCACAGCCGCCGCUGACCUGUUUAAAGACGACCGAAAGAUUGCUUAUGCUGCUGUGGACUGCACCAAAGGGCAGAACAAUGAGCUCUGCAAACAAGAAAGCGUCGAGGGUUACCCGACCUUCAAUUACUACAACUAUGGAAAAUUCAUCGAGAAAUACAGUGGAGACCGAGGGGAGUCGGGAUUUAUCGGCUUCAUGAAGACACUACGAGGGAAGGAUCAGGAAAAGGUGGGCAAGCGGAAAGAAGAGUUGUAACGGCAUCUGUUGGGAGGAAGGAGACUACCACUGCACUGUGAAUGAACGGAGCCCAGCACUACUGUAACCAGGGACCUGACACCUUCUUCACAGACGGAGCUUUUUAUACACAGUCAGCAGUUUGGACAAUAUUUGUGAUACAAUACGACCAUUUUGAGAUUAAUCUUUUUUUUUUUUUUUUUUUAAAUGACCAUUUCCAAAGUGCUCUAGUAGUACACGUUACCUAUGCAAAACGUUCUUGUUUCCAACUGUCUGCGGGUGGCUUUUUAAAGGUGUUUUUCUUUACUGGGUGAAGCGUUUGUCAAAUGUGUGUUUUUACAGGAGUAUGUACUAUUCAAAAAACAGUUUUUUUGUUUGAGACCCCAACAAUUUACAAAAAAUCGAAAAAAAAAAAUGGGUGUAAAAUUGUAAAGGUUAUGGUGAUGUGUGAAGCUAUUUUUGUAUGAAUAAAAUAGUUUAAAUUGUGGCCUUAAAUUUAAGUGUCUGAAAAAUAGCAUUUCCAAAGGUUCCAAAGCGUUCACUACACUGAGUUCAAUAUGAGCUACGAGUCACACUUGUCCUGACUGUAAAGCGUUCGCUACACGGAGUUCAAUAUGAGCUACGAGUCACACCUAUCCUGACUGUAAAGCGUUCGCUACACGGAGUUCAAUAUGAGCUACGAGUCACACCUGUCCUGACUGUAAAGCGUUCACUACAUGGAGUUCAAUAUGAGCUACAAAUCACACCUGUCCUGACUGUAAAGCGUUCGCUACACUGAGUUCAAUAUGAGCUACAAGUCACACCUGUCCUGACUGUAAAGCGUUCUCUACACUGAGUUCAAUAUGAGCUACAAGUCACACCUGUCUUCACUGUAAAGCGUUCUCUACACUGAGUUCAAUAUGAGCUACAAGUCACACCUGUCCUCGCUGUAAAGCGUUCGCUACACUGAGUUCAAUAUGAACUACUCCGAGUCACACCUGUCCAGACUGUAAAUCAUGUGGGAUGGUCUUUGCUGAGCAUUGCUGUACAUUGGGAAACUCUUGUUUUUAAUGUACUGUUGCUGCUAGAUCCAGUCUGCAGUUUGCCUUUCUUUCUCAUCAGGUUUCCUCAUAUGCUUCAGGGAUGAGGGUGUUCACACGUUUAGCUUUUUGCAGCUGUAAUACAUGCGGGUUUGAAUGAAUGUAUAUCCUGCUGUGCAGUAUCCCAGCUGCAACACCUGGAGUACAGUAUGCACUUUGUAUUGAAAUAUCUCAAUAGACAAAUUUAGGAUGCUGUUUACAGGCACAGCUUCAUCCCUGCAUAGCAAGUAGGGAAGUGAAUACUCCACCAGAAUGAAACCGUUUCUGGAAUGCUUGUUUUUUAUUACUCAAAGAAGUUGGAUGGGGAUCUAGUUCAUUUUAAGCAAGGUUCUCGGGGACAGGGAGGAAUCAUUGAAGGGUGUAGUCAUUUGCUUUCCAGAUGGGUGGUUUGCUCCAGUGAAGAGUAACAGAAUUGUUUACACUUGUAUGUAAAAUUGCACAAGAAUGAAAGUUCUAGGACAUGCAAUUACUGUGCCAAACAAUCUCUGAAUGCAUGUUUGUGUGUGCUGUGUAGCUCGCUGAAAUGUUCAACAAAUUCAUGUCAAUUUUUUUUAAUGCAAGAUAAAUUAAGAAGUACACAGCCUUAUAAAUCUAGUGAAAUGUACUGUGCUAAAUGUACAGGCUUCACAUGAACUGUGUCCAGCUCUGAUCAUGAGUGUUUCAUUGAGAAUCAUUUCCACAGUGCUACUCCAGCGGCAUGUGGAUUGAUGCAUCAUCAUCGUAGUGUUUUAUUGAGAAUCAUUUCCACAGUGCUACUCCUGAAGCAUGUAGAUUGAUGCAUCAUCAUCGUAGUGUUUUAUUGAGAAUCAUUUCCACAGUGCUACUCCUGAAGCAUGUAGUUUGAUGCAUCAUCAUCGUAAUGUUUUAUUGAGAAUCAUUUCCACAGUGCUACUCCUGAAGCAUGUAGUUUGAUGCAUCAUCAUCGUAAUGUUUUGAAAGAAGACACUUUUUCUUAGGUAUCUCAUUCCAGAAGUUUUAAAGUGAUGUUCAAAUUGUUGAUUGUGAUAUCAGAUGUUCCACCAAUGCCAAGAAAUCAAUUCUGCCUUUAUUUGUUCUAAGUGAGCUUUUUAGCCAUAUGUACAGUUUUACCGUGAUCUCCGAAGUCCUCAAAAUAAAUGAAUGAAUAAAUAAAGGCUGUACGUUGAAGAUAA